AUAAUAAAGGCUCUUUUAGAAAAGUUGCAGUCAUUGAGCAAGUGCGAGUUGAAUUUACUGGCCAACAUGAAGCUCAUCUGCACGAUUCUUUAUACUGCUCUUUCUUUUGCAUCAGGUUUAGCAGAUGAUAUUGGACCAGUUUCUAGCAACGUAUUAAUAGGCACACUCAAUCCACACACUGAAACUUUAACCCCUGAAGACAUAACGGCAACUAACAACGUAAUCGGUUUACUAGAGUAUAUCCGCCGAUUAAUGCCAGUUGGUAUAAACAAGUUUAUACCUCCAACAGACCCUUACAAGGCCGAUUCAUUGCCUGACGCAGUGUUCAAUAAUACAUCCAAAAUGGAAGGCACCGUGCAGCUCUCAAAUCUCGUGGCAGAUGGAGCCAACGAUUUUGUCAUAGAGGAAUUAGCAGUGCGACUUAACAGCAGUAGCGUCGACUACCACAUUUUUGUACAGGAGGUUGUUGCUGAGAUUGAUUUUGAAGCUCAUCAUUUCCGGUAUGGUCCCAUCGUGUUAGAUACUUCUGGACAUUUAAAGAUAACAUUAGAAGGUUUUAGUAUGAAAGGAGUAAUUUGCUUUGCUCCAAUAGUCGGCGUCGAUCCAAGUUAUUUACAAGUGCUUGGUUUGGAAGUGGACAGUCACGUAGCUGUAGUCAAGGUCAAUGUAGACACGUCAACAGUACCACCGGAAGUUUUAAAAGAAAUCGAAGAUGCUGUAGCAUUAUCCCUCGCGAAUUCUGCUGUGGAACAACUUAAUUCUGUAUUUAAAAAAAUCACGCUAAAACAAAUUAACCAAUUCCUUUUAGGAUAAUUACUGUACACUUAUAGCAUUACAAUUUGCAGAAAUACAAUACGAUCCUUUAAUGUUAAUGCGGUUACGAUAUUUGUCAUAAAAAUACAUAUUACUUAUCUAUUCUAUAAGUUUGAGAGAAAAGAUAAGGUCCGUGUUUCAUCACUGUCACAAUAUACAUAUCUAAUAAAAAAAUAUAUAUUUGCCUA